ACCAAAACGGAAAAGAUGGUUUCCUCUCUGAGUACUGUUCGAUCCACGCCUUCUCGAACCAGUCUUGCACCUUAUAAACGUCAGGUAACCCUUCACGGUUCGUCAAUUUCACUCCCGAGAAAUGGGUUCUCUCCGUUGAAGAUAGCUUGCCUUCAAUCUAGUAUGCACUUCAACAACUUCUCUACGCCUUUUUAUCCCCAAUUUUGAUAAAAUGGUUUGUUAUGUUUUCUGGGUUUUAGUCCUUUUGUUGAACAGUCCUUGUUUCUGCAUAAUAGAAUGUUCCUCUGAUUUGGGUGUUUCAUGAAUCAUGUUGUACUAUUGAAUUUGAAAUGCGUGGUUUGGUAGCUUUAUGAAUGCCUUUCAAUGUUGUCGACCUUUGUUUGGUUUUUGUUUUUAAGUGUGUAAUAUUAUUCAUUUGGUUCACGUUUAUAGCCAUUUCAAAGAAAUAUUGUAAUCUUGAGCUCCUACUUUUCAGUGUAUUUGUUAACAAUGGUGGACUCCAUAAUGGCUUUUUGCAGUGCUUGCACUACUAUAGUUAAGCUUACUUAUUCUGCAAGUGGACAUGAUGGAGAACAAUCUGAGAUCAUUUUUAUGAGGACAAGAACUAGUGCAAGGAUUCCUCUUGUUAGCUGUCUAACAGAUCCUUUUAAGAAGUGUCCAGUAUUACCAAAUUGCAACAACUAUAAGUAGUUUACAGUUGAUUACUUUAGAGUUUUAACCUUAAAAUUGAUUGAGCGAUUGAAGACACUGAAUGGUUGUCAGUGCUCACAGGUGUGCCUAAAAGCUUUGGAACCAGGUGAUAAAAAUAGGAGAUUGAAUACAAGCAUCCUUAUUCAAUAUACUAGGCCUUCGGGAAGCUAUAACAUUCUGAUAGAUGCUGGAAAAUACUCUUCAGUGGUUUCCUACCUUUGGAUCAUAUAAUCAUAAGAACUGUUUCAAGUCUAAUGGUGGAAUGUGAAGUGCAUUUUACAUAUUUUAUUUUUAAAUAUUUGGUCUAACAGCUAGGUCAUCCUUCCAAUAUCUUUUCCUCCACAGUUUGGUGGGAUGUGAUCCAACAACCUCACUAUAAAAAGCAUCACUGAACUUUAGUAUCUAAUGUAGCUUUCGUAUUAAUGAUACCUUGUGGAUAUAAAGAAACACAUUUUGUAACUUACAUUUUUGCAAUUUGAAGUUUUAUUUUUACCCAUUUUAGUUCCAUCCACUUCAAGAUGAUUGGACAGCUCAAGUAAUAAUUGAAAUAAAAGUUGUAUACGCUU